GACUACAACACCAUCUUCUUCAAAAGCACCGGGGAAUCCGCUGGUUUGCCCAGUUCCGUUCGAAAACUCUUUCUGAAUUCUGAUGUGUGAUUGUAAAUCACAAAACUUCCGAAAAAUUGUGUCAAAAUUCAUUUCUAUAUAUUUAUAAGAUUAUUUUAUAUCAUCUUAAAUUCAACAGUUUUAUAAAUUGCCCUAUUAAAAUAUAGGCAAAUAUCUAGAAAAGCAAAUAAUCGCAUAACUUUGCUUCACCUGAUGAAUAUUACUUUUCUAUUCAAGGAAAAACUGGUUUUUAUAAAUAUGUGGACAAUCAGAAUUCAAACUGACAUAACAAAAACUUAAAUGUUUUUGAAAAUAAUAUGUUUAAGAUGUAAUAAACAAUAUGUCGAAAUACAAUAAACAAUGCAAUAACAGUAAUGCAAUAAAUAAUAUGAUGAAUUAUUACAAGAGACAUUUGAGUAUUUGAAUAUAUUUUAUUACAUAUCGAAAAGCCAUGGAUAACUUUCUUGAUGCUACGUUCGAAUACACCAGUACAGACAACACAACUGGAGAUUUUAAUUUUUCAUCAGCAAACGAUACUGUUUAUGAUGAUGGAUAUCAGUUUUAUUAUUUUUAUCAGACUGAGCAAUUGACAUUUCUGUGGGUUCUGUUCAUCAUGAUUGUAGCUGGUAAUAGUGCCGUGCUUAUCGCUUUAGCACUUUCAAAGAACAGGAAAUCAAGAAUGAACUUUUUUAUCAUGCAUCUUGCAAUAGCAGAUUUGACAGUUGGGGUUAUUAACGUUUUGACGGAUAUCAUAUGGAGAACAACAGUUGCUUUUUACGCAGAUAACAUAGCCUGCAAACUUAUUAAAUAUUUACAGGCUCUUGUAACUUAUUCAUCGACGUACGUCUUGGUAGCCCUAAGCGUCGAUCGUUACGAUGCCAUUGCUCAUCCAAUGAACUUCUCAAACAGCUGGCGUAAGGCUAGAAUACUAGUUGCAUCUGCUUGGGCUCUUUCAGCUGUAUUUUCAAUACCAUCAGCUUUCUUGAGUUCUAAAGAAGAGGUGAAAGGCAUGUCUCAGUGCUGGAUUGACCUCCAACCAUGGCAGUGGCAAGUUUAUAUCACUCUGGUGGCAGCUAGUCUCUUUUUUCUACCAGCGCUAAUUAUAGCAGCUUGCUAUACUGUCAUAGUUUACACUAUUUGGACCAAAAGUCGAAUAAUGAGCUAUCCCAAGCUAUCCAAAUCAUCCUCAAUUGUAGCGGAUAGCAAAAAAAGUUGCGUUAACAAGAACAAAUCUAAUAGCAUGGAAAGUGAAGCUGACAGAAAACGUGCUAGUUCCAGAGGAAUCAUACCUAGAGCUAAAAUAAAAACUGUGAAAAUGACUUUGGUCAUUGUCUUUGUAUUUAUUCUUUGUUGGAGUCCAUAUUUUGUGUAUGAUCUCCUUCAAGUUUAUGGAAAAAUCCCGGAUAGUCAAACGUCUAUAGCUGUUUCAACAUUCAUUCAAAGCUUGGCUCCUUUAAACAGUGCUGCUAACCCCUUGAUAUAUUGUCUUUUCUCAACUCAUAUCUGUAGAAACUUCAGAAGGCUGCCUUUCUGUAACUGGAUUGCAGAAAAGUUGUGUAUCUGCUUCCCCUCUAUGCAACGUCCUUUCACUAAUGGUCAUUCCAGAGCUUCAGAGUACACCACCAUGACUGAAACCCUCUCAACCACUCAUAGAAAUUCCACUUUCCAUCCCAUGACCAACAUGACUACCAAAGGAGUAAGACAACCUUUUCUGAAACAAGGUUCAUCCAAAGAUGAUUCUCGUAAGGAGGUUGCUUUCAAUGAUCUUGUGGUGACAAAUUCCUCACGAAAUUCCAAUGUUUGAUUUGAAUAAUUUAUAAUUAACGAUGUAUGUUUCAUGUUGAUUCAAAUUUGUUGUGAGCUAUGUGAUUUCCAAGCAAUUACGCAUAAUUUUGUGACAGUUUAAUAAUUUAAAAAAUAGUUUAAGGUUCCGUAAUAUUGGCUACGAUAUUUCUACAAAAAAUUAUGCGGCUAAAUGUGAGAAUAACUAAUGCCAGUGAUUAGGUUUAAGAAAAAGUCUAAAAUUGUAUCAGCGAAAUCAAAAUAUGAAAAUUUGUUUAAUAGUUAUGAUAGGUUAACUCAUUCAAUGUGUUGAUAUGCUAAACCAAAAGGAUUACUUUGAUUCAAUUGGUCUGAAAAAAUCUAAUUUAAAACGUACGAAAAUUAAAAAAAUGUUUUUAACAAGUGGCAGACAAAGUAAAAUGGCUGUAAAAUAAAUAUGAUUUAAAACAUUUUACCACUCAGAACAUGCUACCGAAUGUUAUUCAAUUGAAAAAUAAAUAAACUAAGAUAGUGCAAAGGCAAAUGGAAAUUAAGAAAUAAAAUGUGGCAUUAAAUGUAAGAUUCUCAUUUUAAUUUCAAUUUACUUAAUUUCAAUUUUACAAACUAAAACAAGAAAUAUAUCUAAUGUAAAUUAGCUAGUUAUUUACAAGAAAUAUUUUGCACUCUUAUUUCAACAAAAACUGAUUGUGAAAAUGGAUAUUUGGUCAGAGUUCUUUACAGCUUUAUUGUACUAAGAAAUUAAUGAAACUGUUGUUUAUCACUAUUUCGUAAUAAAUUGUUGAAUUUUAGUCCGUGGCAUUAAAAAUGAUUAUUUCUCUUUUACUUCUCUGCGUAGCGGAUUAAAAAUGCUUUUACGGAAUAGUUGUAAUUACUAUUUGCGUACUAUUUGCUCUUGAUUUACAAUACUUUUUAAUCAUUUUGAAGCAAAAUUUUUCAUGUUCCAUGGUCUUAAAAAUUGUGGAGCACGUUAUACCACUUAAUUAUGCAAGUCAGCUGUAAUUCAAUUGAAUCAGUUAUAAAUUGAACUAUAAUAGUUACAAACUAAACCAUUUAAAGUUGAUUACGUGAUCCUAUGGUUCAAACUCAACGCAAACAUGUUAGCGAUAUUAAGCGUUGAUCCAAGUUUUCUCUGACUUUGAUCUGAGAAACAUUAGGAUAAUUAACAUUUCCAUGUUAUUAUCGCACUGACAAAGAAGCUAGCACAUGCGAACUACUAGCGUGUCAUACGCAAGAAAGUUGAAAAA